AUGCGGGAAGCAGUUUACAGCGCGACAAGCUGGUCCCGACAGACCACGUAUUCUCGUCUGUAUACUUGGGCUCGCUUUCUUGCAGACAGGAGUGACCGUCUGCUCAGCGUGACAGCUGCAGCGGUCUCCCUGGCUCUGGCUUGUUCGCUGAGGAUUCGAUGCGAGGAGAAAGGCAGAUCGCGUCGCCCGGUCUCGCUAGCAGCACUUGUCGUUCAUGUCGGAGGAUUUCGUGUUGCAUUCACUACCAUUAACUGCUGCUGUUUAUGCUUUGAGUUCAUGAUCGGGUUACAGCUUCUGCUAUGCUGCAGUUUGUGGGCUUGGUCAUACCCGAGAAAUCUACUGCAGCGUUUUCUUCGGGGAGCGGGUCUGCUGUGCACGAUGUGUGUUGGCUACGCUCAGCUCAUGCAUGAAACAGUCGGCCCUAGCUGUUUGCUACUCGUGACAUUUCAGGUGUUCAUUAGAAGCAUUGAGAAGUACAGCGCUUGGAUCGACGUUGUGGCUGAGCUCGUAUUUCAAGGACAUGAACGACUGGAUGGGUUUGUAGUUGUGUGUGAUGAUGCGAAAGCCGUGCACGCUACGCAGUGUUGGUGGAGCUCGUGUCGUUAG